UUGAAAUUGUGAAUGGCGUUGUAUUUUCAGAUUUUUCACUGCAUCAAAAAUAAAACUAAAUCAAUAUAAAACUCUUCCUUACAAGUUUAAUUUAUUAACUUACUGAAUCUCCAUUUAUAUUUGUUGGAUAAACUAACGAAAUGGGAUCUAAAAAACACAAGAAAGAAUCUAAAAAGAAGAAGCAUCGGAGUCGAUCCCGAUCUCCCUUAGAUAAUGAAGAAAGAGAACGUAAGCGGCAUAAGAAACACAAGGAUCGCAAGAAGGAUCGUUCCCCUGAUGUGGAAGAAGUUCCAGUGGACUCACAUUUGCACACAUCAAAAGACAAUGGUGCUGCGAGGUCACGCAGUCCCAGUAGCACUAGAAGCCGAGAAUACAGAGAAAGAGAUAGCAAGAGCAGGGACAAGAGCCAGGAUGUUGAAAUCAGUUCCUCUCCACCAUCAGGCAAAGCUCAAGAGAGCAUGUCUAUUGAAGAGACAAAUAAGUUACGAGCAAAACUUGGCCUCAAACCACUAGAGGUUAAUGAAAAACCUGCAGAUGAUGGAAAAAUAAAAGAUGAUCUGGGCGAGUUUUACCAUAAACCAGCUACCAAUAUAUCAAAACAGCGCGCCUCGGAAAAAAUACGCGAACGUCUCGAAGAAAGAAAAGAAAAAAGAAAACUCGAGGAAAAGCUUAAAACUACACUGCUUGCUGACGACUCUGACGGCGAAGAUGCCUCCGCGUGGGUAAAAAAGUCUCGGGAUUUGGAGAAACAAAAGAAGGAAGCUGCCAAGAGGGCAGCGAUGUUGGAUGAGAUGGACGAGGUGUUCGGAGUGGGCGCGCUGGUGCAGAAGGAGCUGUCGGACGUCGCCGGCCCGAGCCGCUCCUACGGACACUCCCAACUAAAGGGACUGCGCGUUGCGCACGACCUUACUGCGCUCCCUGAUGAACGCGAGACGGUCCUGACGCUGGCGGACAAGGAGGUGCUGGCGGACGACGCCGAGGACGUGCUCGUCAACGUCAACAUCGUCGACGACGAACGUUAUAAGAAGAACAUAGUGGAGCGCAAGAAGGCGGUCGCCGGUUAUCAGGCGUACGACGAGGAGGCGGAAAUGGCGGCGGCGCUGGGCCAGCCGCGCGCGCUGCUCGCCAAGUACGACGAUGAGUUGGACCCCGAGCGCGAGAGCCGCGAGCGCGGGUUCCGCAUCGGCGACGCGCGAGCACUGCGCGAACAGCGGGAGAGAGAACGACAGAGGAAAGAGUUGCUGGAGGGCGGGCCGGAGCGGCGGCUCGAGUCGCUCAUACUGCCGGAGCUGCGCAUCGCCUCCGACUACAUGGACGAACACGAGAUCGAGGCCAAGUUCAAGAAGAUCAAAAAGAAGGGUAAGAUCCGAAAGAAGCCGAAGCAGGAACCGAUUGAUGUGGACGAGCACGAGGCCGGCACGGCGCCACUGGAAACUGACGAUACGGACGUUAAGCCAUCGACACUGGAGAGCGCGGUGGACGAGGACGAGGUUGAACCGGACGGCGAGCUGCAGGCGGCAUUGGCGCGCGCCCGGCGCAUGCGCUUCCAACAGAACCAGGCUGCGCUGCCCAAGGUGGAGGAGAUCCUGGAGCGUGUGAAGGAGGAGGGCGUGGACAUGGAGGAGGGGGAGGGGGAGGGGUCUACCGCGGACGGCAUGGUGCUCGACGCCACGGCCGAGUUCUGCCGCACGCUCGGCGACAUACCGACAUACGGGCUCGCCGGCAACCGCGACACGCAGCCCGACCUCAUGGAUUUCGAAAAGGAGGAAGUUGAGGCGGAACCCGACGUCGACAUGAACGCGGGCGCCUGGAGCCUCGUCGACGUCGACAACGAGAAGCCGCCAGAUCUUGUAGCAGGAGCAGGAGCGGGCGGCGCGUUGGAGGCGGAGCCGUCGCUAGGGGCGGGAGUGGCGGGCGCGCUGCGGCUGGCGUGCAGCAAGGGCUAUCUCGAGAAGGCCGGCGCCGCGCCCGCGCCUCGCGCCACCAGGUCCACCCUGCAGCUGCUCGCCGCAAGACACUACUGCAUCGAAGACAAGAGCCACAGUACCGAGGACGACAAGUACGGUCGGCGCGAGCGCGGCCACCACUCCGGCCCGCUGUCUGAGUUCCGAGAGAAGAGCAACUUCCGACCGAACAUCAAGCUGGAGUACGUCGACGACGACGGCCGCCCGCUCUGCCCCAAGGAGGCGUUCCGCUACCUCUCGCACAAGUUUCACGGCAAGGGGCCCGGCAAGAACAAGCAGGAGAAACGCAUCAAGAAGGCCGUGCAGGAGGGGCUGAUGAAGAAGAUGAGUUCAACCGACACACCGCUCGGUACGCUGCAGAUGUUACAGCAAAAGCAAAAAGACACGCAGUCGCCUUUCGUUUUACUCAGCGGAACCAAGCGCGAACCGAACCACUAAACUUUUCGUUUACCUACAGAUAUAUUUUAAGUGUAAUAUUGCAAUUUAUUCGGGACAACUCACAUUUACAUUUAACGUUGCAAGUACCAGGACAAACAAAUUGUAUAAUAAACUGUACUAUCAACCUAACCAUUAAUGUUAUUUAGGCUCGUGUCUAGAUUAAACUUUAACAAAAUAAAAACAUUUUUUCGAAAGUCAA